CGGGCCGCCCGCCUCUCCAGCGGAAGGCGGAAGCAAACACAAGACCUGCUAGCCCCGCAGCGCCCAACUCGGUGGUCCUGGAGGCUCCGCAGGAUGGGGGAGAACAUGGCGGAAGAGGAGUUCCCCAAUACGACUCAUGAAGCUUUCAAUGUCACCCUCCACACCACCCUCCUUGUCACUACGAAACUGGUGCUCCCCACUCCUGCCAAGCCCAUCCUCCCAGUGCAGACGGGGGAGCAGGCUCAGCAGGAGGAGCAGUCAAGCGGCAUGACCAUUUUCUUCAGCCUCCUCGUCCUAGCUAUCUGCAUCAUAUUAGUGCAUUUACUGAUCCGAUACAGAUUACAUUUCUUGCCAGAGAGCGUGGCUGUUGUUUCUUUAGGUAUUCUCAUGGGAGCAGUUAUAAAAUUUAUUGAAUUUAAAAAACUGGCAAAUUGGAAGGAAGAGGAAAUGUUUCGUCCAAAUAUGUUUUUCCUCCUGCUGCUUCCACCUAUUAUCUUUGAGUCAGGAUACUCGUUACACAAGGGCAACUUCUUUCAGAACAUUGGUUCCAUCACCCUGUUUGCUGUUUUUGGUACAGCAAUUUCCGCUUUUGUUGUAGGUGGAGGAAUUUAUUUUCUGGGUCAGGCUGAUGUAAUCGCUAAACUCAACAUGACAGACAGCUUUGCAUUUGGGUCCCUCAUUUCUGCCGUCGAUCCGGUGGCUACGAUUGCCAUUUUCAAUGCCCUUCAUGUGGACCCAGUGCUCAACAUGCUGGUUUUUGGAGAGAGUAUUCUCAACGAUGCAGUCUCCAUUGUCCUGACCAACACAGCUGAAGGUUUAACAAGGAAAAAUAUGUCAGAUGUCAGUGGGUGGCAAACAUUUUUACAAGCCCUUGGCUACUUCCUCAAAAUGUUCUUUGGCUCAGCGGCACUCGGCACUCUCACCGGCUUAAUCUCUGCAUUAGUGCUAAAGCACAUUGACCUGAGGAAAACGCCUUCCUUGGAGUUUGGCAUGAUGAUCAUUUUUGCUUAUCUUCCUUAUGGGCUCGCAGAAGGAAUCUCGCUCUCAGGCAUCAUGGCUAUCCUGUUCUCCGGCAUCGUCAUGUCUCACUACACACACCACAACCUGUCCCCAGUCACCCAGAUCCUCAUGCAACAGACUCUGCGGACCGUGGCCUUCCUGUGCGAAACAUGUGUGUUUGCAUUUCUUGGCCUGUCCAUUUUUAGUUUCCCUCACAAGUUUGAAAUUUCCUUUGUCAUCUGGUGCAUAGUGCUCGUGCUGUUCGGCAGAGCGGUGAACAUUUUCCCUCUCUCCUACCUCCUGAAUUUCUUCCGCGAUCAUAAAAUCACACCCAAGAUGAUGUUCAUCAUGUGGUUUAGUGGCCUGAGGGGCGCCAUCCCCUACGCCCUGAGCCUGCACCUGGACCUGGAGCCCAUGGAGAAGCGGCAGCUGGUUGGCACCACCACCAUCGUCAUCGUGCUUUUCACCAUCCUGCUGCUGGGCGGCAGCACCAUGCCCCUCAUCCGCCUCAUGGACAUCGAGGACGCCAAGGCACGCCGCAGGAACAAGAAGGACGUCAACCUCAGCAAGACGGAGAAGAUGGGCGACACCGUCGAGUCGGAGCAGCUGUCGGAGCUCACCGAGGAGGAGUACGAGGCGCACUACCUCAGGCGGCAGGACCUCAAGGGCUUCGUGUGGCUGGAUGCCAAGUACCUGAACCCCUUCUUCACGCGGCGGCUGACCCAAGAGGACCUCCACCACGGGCGCAUCCAAAUGAAAACCCUCACCAACAAGUGGUACGAGGAGGUGCGCCAGGGCCCCUCUGGCUCCGAGGACGACGAGCAGGAGCUGCUGUGACCACCGGGUGCUGCGGGCAGCGGACAGUGAGGACGGACAUCUGGCAGCCUCUCCGAGGUGGGAGGAGGGGAGAGAAGUAGCGGCCGAGAACUUUAACCCAGAACUUUCCAGGCCUUGGGAGCCAGCUGGCUUCUGAAGCGUGUCAUAGCCCCAGUCUUCCCGGAGCCAGGUCUCUGCGCCCAGUUGCUUCUCGGCCUGCAGAUGGCUGUCACCUGUCAGGUGAACGUGCCUUUCUGCUUCUGCAGCCGGACUGAGCGGUCUCCACCCAAGAUGCCAGAGAGGAGCGGUUCUGCCAGGCGCGCUGGCUGGGGUGCUUGGGGCGCGCUGGCUGUGUCCCCACCAUUCCCAUCCACUGCCUUCACCACCGCCCCAGGAGCCGCUGGGGCUGCCCGAGGGGUGCCUGUGCCAGCCGCACCACUGGGGGAGCUGCCCCAGGGGCCGACCUCCCGGCCCUCAGCUGCACAGCCAAUCCGGCCUAAGUGGCAGGCCCAGAAGUCGUGAUAACCUCAUUCCCCUUUGUGAUGUUGCUUAUGCGCCCUCGGGAAAGAAAAAUGGAGGCAGCUUUUUCAUGGUUACACCCAAGGUACCUCGCUGGCUGUGGCCGCACAACAGACCCGCCUCCCCUGGCAGGGCUGUGAAUGUUUACACUGGUGCCGGCAGGCGGCUCCGGAGCCCAUUGGAAGCUGCACCCCUGGGUUUCUUUAGCGUGAUUGAGCCCAUUCCGUGGGGUCAGAGCGCCCUCUAGAGGGAAAAGCCAGCGGUGCAGGGCGUCUGGGCCUGCAGUUCACACGCACUUUCACACUGGAGAGCCCCGCCUGGGGCCUAGCUCUUGUUUGUCCAGUGCCCCUGUUCCUGCACCCCAAGAUGUCUGCCCUCCACUUACCCUCACUGCAAGUCAGCAUUUCUUCUUUCCCUCUCCCAUUCUUUACUGUCCCGGUGCCAUCUGCCCCCCAUGCCAAGGUCCUGGCUGGGGCCCGAGCAGCAGUGCUCCCCCCUCCCUCCUGCGGCCUGUCCUGGGGCCCUCCCAAGGUGGGGAGCUGCCAAUCAUGUGCAGGUGAAAUGGAGUUCCUGAGUUUUGCUCCUCCCUGCCCCUUGACAGGCCUCCUGCCUGCGGGCCUUUGCUCACCCACAGCUGCUGGCUCAGGCUCCAGCAGGAGCCUCUGGGCGCCCUCCUCAGCCUCCAGGUGAUCUCACUCAUCACAUGCGAGCCCUGGGUUCUCGUGGGGGCACAGCGGGCCGUGCAGGCAGCACAGACCCCAGGCGGGUAGCAGGCCGGUUCCAUCCUCUCUGCCUCGGCAGUGGGCUGUGGAACCCCCUGGAACGGGUGCCAGGCCCGGCCCGCACACUACCUCCCUGGCAGAGUCACCCUAAGGCCAGUCAGCAGGAAGCACACAGGUUCCUUUUUAUGCGUGAGUAAGUUUGUGCUUGAUACAGCUACAAUGAAGUUGCUGUCCUGUGUGCCACCCCCACCUUAACGCCACCAUUUGCGCCAACAGAGUCGUAUUCCUCCGCCUAAGGCCCCACGGAGGAGUAAUGCAGUGGGUAAUUCUGGUCCCUGCCAUCUCCUACUUCCUUUUAGUGGACAAGAGAGCAAAGAGGGAAGCUCUGUCUCCACCUGGGUGCGGGGGCAGAGGCUGAGGCCCCACACUCUGGCAGGGUGGCCAGAGCCCGGAUCCCGCUCUGCUGAGGGGGAGCGGGAAGGUGGGGGAGCGUGUGGGCCUGCUUCUCCUCAGCCAAAUCACGGCCAUCAACGGUCCAGGCACGACUUGGUGUCUUGGUCACAAUAUUAAGUGCACAAAAGGAGCAAAGGUCCCUGGUCCUUCCCCCACCCCUCCAGAAUGCGGGAGAGACGCGUAUCUACUGGCUGGCAGGUGGGAAAUCAAACCCAAAGGUGCCUGACACAACAGCCUGAAGCUCAAGUUGUCCCACAGACCCCGGUCUCCGAAGGCCCAGGCAGUGUUGUCUCAGUGAAAACGCCUCUGUCAGAAUCAAGGCUUCGAAGCAAGCAGCCAGACCCCUUCCUUUUAGGCUUCUGCCAUUUCUCACACAAAUGGGGUUAGAAGUCCAGGGAAUUUCCUUGUCACUGGCCAUGUGACAAAGGAGGCUGGCUUUCUGGUUUCUGCUGGCUCACCCCAUCGGCACCCUCCCCUCCCCUGCAAGCCCCCUUCCCACCCACCUAUCCCCCGACAUAACCCAGAGGGCAAACACACUCAGCCCCCCUCACCUGUGGGUUGGGCUCCGCUGCUCUGCACAGCUGCCUGAGGUGCGUGGGGCGCUCAGCUGCUGCUGCGGCCCUGGCUGGACCCCUGAGGUUGCGUGUGGAUGGGGGGCCAGCCCCGUGGGACGGGCACCACAGCCUGUCAGUCACGUGGGAGGGCCGCCUUCCUGGCGCUUGCUCUCCUGCACAGCACCGGCCGAGGCCGCCUGCGCCCUGGCUUCGGGUUGAGACCCGGAGGCCUUUUGUCUCCGUGCUGCUUUCGUAUGUUUGUCUGAAGGGCCUUUGGGAAGGCCCAGCACAUCCCUUUGCCCCCACAAGUGGAGUGGCGGGGGCUUGCCAGGUGCUGGCUCCUGAGAAAUGACUGGCUGCUCUUUUGAUGGGGCUUUGGCCGGGAAGACGGGGCCGUGCUGGGAGGGGGCUGCUGAGCCUGGGCCCUGCUUCACCUCGCUGGACUCUGCAGAUUUCGGGGAGAGUGGUAACGGCGCUGUUUCAGGAUAUGGCUCUAGAAAUAAAAGUGAAUGCUCCCGACUCUGA